CUUUUUGCCACUCACCACCUGACCAUCUUGACAGCAACUUGGACUUGAUCAGCAUGCUGAAGGUUGCACUGGUGGUGUUAGUGAGCACGGCGGCGCUGGCGCUGGGGAGGCAGUGGUCGGAAGAGGAGGGAGACGGAGGUGGCCUGAUGGUGGAGGGUUCGGUACCGCUGCCCUGCUCGUGCAACUCGCACCCCAAACUGAUCGACCUGGGCCACGAGUCGUGGCCGCGCUACGUGACGGCUGUCGAGUGUCGCUACGAAUCGUGUUGGACCAGUCCCUACCGCUGCCGCGAGCGCACCUAUCCGGUCAAGGUGUUGCGUCGGCGUGAUGACGUCGACCAGAUGUUUGCGCCUCCCGACCGCAACCUCCCCGAAGAGCUGCGCCCCUCCUGGAAGUUCGUGUCCGUACCGGUCGUCGUCGCCUGUCACUGCUCUUCCUGAUCCCACUUCAUCUAACAACUUUACUUAUUGAAAACACAGUUUUAUUUUUGUCACAUCCACCCUUAUUUGAUUUGUACGCAGGACUACAAUUUUGUGUUGAAACCAACACAUCAUCUUCUGAUGCAGAUGAAACAACUCCCCUUUAUUGUAUCUCCCAACAUACAAAUCGCCCUGAAGAUUGAUUUCAUUUUAUAGCUCUCACACGAUCCAU